GUGCGUUUUGUAAAUUCAUACGCUACUUCUACUGUAAUGUUGUUCACCUCGAGAUGUUCGCAGCAGUAGUAGCUGGACGAUUAGUACAAACAAACUUCAAUAGGGUAACGGAAACCCAGUUCUUACUGGAUCUAUUGCCGCUAAACGAUGUAAAUCAUAUUGUCGUUUUCUUGACGGGAGAAAUUCCAUUUCCACCAAACAUGGGUGGAGGUGUUUAUCUUGGAGUACAGCAGAAUGGGGCAACUAACUGGUAUUUUCUAGGUGUGCUGACGAACGAACGACCUAGCGCCAUAUACAAGAUCGGAAAACUUACUCAAAAUACACAAAUUCAAAAUGGUGUUAAUCCUUUCGGUGAUAAUGCAGCUUUCCAGUCAUCCAAUGGAAUGGUACCUGCACAAAUAGGCAUCUCUGUUGACCUGCUGACAAAUUUACCUCAACAAACAGAAGAUACUGUUCCAGAAUCAAUUUCCACAGAUCGAAUGACUCAGUUCACGCGGUUCGCUGCUGAAAGUUUAUUCAAUUAUGUGGCGAGUUUUGCGCAUGAUAGUGCUGCAUCUUCUGAUCCACUUGUACCAAUGUCAGUGAUUAAACGUUGGUUUGAUACAAUGCUACAAAAGUUAUCCUUGGAUGCUUCAUUUUGGAGAAAGUAG